AUGGGUUGUGGGGAUGUGGUUGGGGUGGUUGCAGGUGUGGCGAUAAGCGAGCGACCUGCAGGUGCCAGUGAAGAUCGCAAACUGGCGACCGACAGCCUGGGCGUCACAUGCUUCAGAUUCCGCGGUGACACAUAUGAUAAGUAUAUCAAGCUAUGGCGGACCCCAGUGUACCCCCACCCCCACCCCAACGACUCCAGAGAGACCCCAGUGUAUCCCCCCACCUCACCCCGAACGACCCCAAGAGACCCCAAUGUACCCCCACCCGAACGACCCGAGAGACCCCAGUGUACCCCCACCCUCACCCACAACGACCCCACACCGAACGACCCGGGAGACCCAGUGCACCCCCACCCCCACCCUGAACGACCCCUAAAGACCCCAAUAUACCCCCACCCCCGACACCCAACCCGAACGACCCCAAGAGACCCCAAUAUAUCCCCACCCCCGACAACACCCACCCCCAACGACUCCAGACCCCAGUGCACCCCACCCCCCACCCUGAACGACCCCAAGAAGACCCCAAUAUACCCAUCCCCGACACCCAACCCGAACGACCCCAAGAGACCAAAUGUACCCUCACCCCCGACAACACCCAACCCGAAUGACCCAAGAGACCCCAGUGCACCCCCACCCCCAACCCGAACGACCCCAAAGAGACCCCAGACCCCGAGAGACCCCAAUGUACCGCCCACCCGAACGACCCCAAGAGACCCCAAUGAACCCCCACCCCCACCCCAACGACUCCCAUCCCGAACGACCCAAGAGACCCCAAUAUACCCCACCCCGACGACUCCCACCCCGAAUGACCGCAAGACCCCAAUGAACCCCCGAACCCGAAUGACACCGAGAGACCCCAAUAUUACCCCCACCCCCGACGACCCCCACCCCGAACGACCCCAAGAGACCCCAAAGGCGCCCACGAGCACCGUAGUAAAUGCUAUCUGGAGUGAGCAUCCUCGGGAUUUCCGGGCGUGGGAGAGUGGUCGCCGGUGUGCACCGGUGAUUUCUUCGCGAGAGCCCGAAGGAGAACUCCAAGAACGCCAGGUACGAGACGACGACGCCGGCGAAGCCUUGACAGUAGCUCAGUGGCGCUUCACUCUCACUUCAAUCCUCCUUAACCAGAUUGUACAGGUAACCGCGGAGAAGGAGGCUAAAAUCGACCUUAUGAGGGCUGCACAGGUAACCACAAUGCCGUCGCUAUUACCUGCAGUUCGGGAUGGAACAAAAGGUUACUAG